AUGCUGGGGAGAUUACUGUCUCAUGCUUUUACAUCUCCUGACGGGUCGAGUUCACCUGAUGGUGGAAGGUUCAGUAGAGCUAGUUCUCCGAACUUUGUCAGCAUCGGAGAUGGCGCUAAUGAUGACGAAAUCCACCCCACAUUCCCUGUAUCGUUUCUAGAUGAAGCUGAUACUAGGAAUUUGUUAUAUGGUCAGUCAUUUACACCUGCUGGUAUAUUGUCUUUGGAUGUUCUUAAGGAUAUUCGAGUAGUGGUAAUCUGCGAUUCAUCUUGUGUUGGGGGGUUCAUUUAUGAUUCCGCAAGGGAAGUUACGGCAUCUGGUAGUGUCAAUACUAAUAAUAGUGUCAGUGGUGGAAAGACGAGCAUCACACCUCAUAGAGGUUCUUUAGACCAUCGAACUAAUUCUCCAUCAUUGGUCGCAUCUACUCUUUCCAGUGUAAGUGCUUUGACUCGCAGCUUCUCUUCUACUGCUCUGAGCAGUGCCGCCGCCAUUAACAAUCUGUCGGGAUUGGGAAUUGGAUUGGGUCAGACUGAUAGUACAACGGCAAAUCCAGAUGGUGUUACAUCUGGAAAAGGACUUGGUGAUUCCAGUCCCUCGAAUAAGCCACUUGCUAGGCCAAAUACAAUUGCAUCUCCUCAAAUCUCCUCCGGUAGGGUAUCAGCUCCCAACAGUCCACAUAGAAGGAAAUCAUCUGGUAAUAAUCUACCAACUAUUGCACCAGAUGUUGCUCCAAUUCUUCAACUUGCACUUUUAAAAGAUCUGGUAUUUGGCUAUUCAGCCAUGAAAUUUCAGGGCCAACUGACUAAAAUCCAUCCCCUGCCCAGGUCUAAAGGUAGUUCUUCAAAGAAACAGCCUUGGAUUGUAUCACGCAUUUUCAAAAUAGCAGUAGACGAUCCAUCUCUGAACAGGACGGAUCCUGUUAACCGCCAAUCGACUACUAUGAGAGUGGACUCUGCUCCCAAACAGUUUCUCACCUCGACAGGAUCAACUAUUUCAAAUGCAUCAGUUGAUACAAAUAAUACUGAUUUAACAGUCGACGAUGCUGAUAAUGAAAAUGAUAGUGCAACUGACGGAUUACCAGGAUGGCAGCCUAAAUCCAACAGCACAGUUCCUCCUUUACCUCCACAUACCAAGGAUGUGCGAUGUGCCAUUUGCAUUAGUUUCAAUCUUCCUCCGGAGUCGGAAGAUGCCAUUACAAACCACUGGACUGAGCUUUCUUAUGCACUUGCUGAUUUACAGGCUACCAUAUAUCGCAAAUUAGAGAGACAAUUGCCACAGGUAGUACUUGAUUCCAGACGUAAGAAGCAUACUCCAAUAAUGUCAGGCGGCCACGGAUCAGGGCUUAACCACGAUAGUCGAUUCAGUGGCGGUCGCGUUCUUUAUUCAAUCGAUGGAGAUUUGGAAAUCCAAAAUGCUGUUGAUUUUUUCAAAUCUCGGUUCUCAACUGCACUUCGUAUCCCAAGAGUACUAUGUGGUCAAGAUAACUGGUCUGAUUUGUACAGCGAAAUGUGCAUAGCAGCCAAGAAAUGGGAGGGUACAUCUGAUGGAGGAUUUCUGGGUGCUAUGAUUUGUUGUUACAUCGAUUUCAACAAAGACCUUCUAGGUGGUUUGAUACAUGAAGAUGAUGAUAUUCCGAAAAGGACAAUUAUUCUCGCCAACAACCGUAUUGUUUCCAGGAAGCUGAUAUUUAUUCUCAGUUCGCUUAUUAGAAGCAGAACGUCAGAACGAAUUCGAAAAAGAAUUAGCCUUGCUAACUCGCUUAAUGACAGCUUCGUAAAGACACAUACCCAGCGAUCUUCUUCUGUUUCGACCACGUACUCUGUUGGCACUAAUUCCCCACGUACGCGAACAUCGGCAAAGUUCUCGUUUGUUGAUGGAGGUUGGGAGGUUUCUCAACCGGCUUCGAUGAUCGAGCCAGUUGGAACAGUGGCCAUUCCUCAUGUAGUACGCCCUUCAUUUUCUUCUUCAUCCCUAGCGCAUUCGGUAGGUUAUGGAAGUACAUCAGAUGCUUUGAGUAGUAGCAUCAACGGACGUAAUUCUCGCAAUAGUGGCGGCUUUUUUUCAAAUCUUUGGAAUUCAGAUAACUCUUACCCUGAAACACCUGGGACUCCGUAUGAUGAUUACUAUUUCCAUGAACAACUGGCAAAUGCCGAUAGAGAUAUGGCUUCUUCUUUCCAGUCUAAAAAUUUCACUAUUGGAGAUACGACUAACGGUACGGUUACUCCAUCACUUAUCAGACCCUCGAUGAGUCGAUGCCAUUCAUCUGAACGGUCGGCAACCACUCUCAACACUAUAAAUCAUAGACUUUACCACCGACAACAUACGGGAGAGUCCAAUAUCAGUGCUAACAAUCCACAUACAAGCUUGCAUCAACGGACCCUGCUUCAAAAUGCAAGCGAUAACGACCUCACCAACCUUUCGUAUCUUCCAACAGCGCCACCUUAUAGGUUGGUCCACGACGAAGAGAACCAAAUUGUCAUUGAUGUAUCAGAAUCUGCCACACCUGACCAACCGUACGAAGAUCUCAGGCCAAUUGUACUUCCACGAGUCGCAGGUCAUGUAUCCAAUUUCCAUCCUGAUUUUAUACUCCAAGCUUGCCCAAUUACACGAGACUUGGAAGACCAAAUUUCUAGAACUAUGCUUCGAGAUGGCGACGUUAAUUCGGUUUCAAUAGCAGCACGAAAUAGCAUAUCCAGUGUUCCAUCCAAGCGACAGGCUCUUUCCAAAUCUCUAAUCAUUAACCUAAGAACAAGAGAAAUCUCAACUUACACCCUCGUGGCCAGUACAGAUGAAACAUCUAAUAUGACUCAAAAAUUAGUGCGAAAAGUAGUAUUUGCCAAUCACAAACCCUCUCCUGGAUUUUCAACUGCAUUCGCAAAUAUAUCAAAACAGAUUGCUGAUAUUGUUGAGGGCGAGGAGGGGACGAUACACAGUCCUAAUCGUGGAGCAUAUUUCACCUCCCUGGUUAAGGCUUUUGAAGGCUGCUUUGGCCUUUUAUAG